AUGGUGGCGGCGGCUGCCGCCGGCGAGCUGCGCCAGGCCGACGCGGUCCCGAGGCCGGCCGGAACCAUACGAUCAGAGAAGCAAGGGAACGGGCUCGCAGCGCCGAUUCCGGCCACCCCUGGUGCGGAGUCCCGGCGGUGCCACUGCGACGACGACGGCGACGGCGGCGGGGUCGACGACAGCUCCGACCAGUCGCCGUACAAGCUGUUCGUGUUCGGCGACUCCUUCGCCGACGCCGGGAACGCCCUGAAAGGCCGCCUGGGCCUCAACACGCGGGGCUGGUACGAGCCCUGCGGCGUCUCCGACGCGCGCCACGGCGGCAAGCCGACCGGCCGCUGCUCCGACGGCAUGGUCCAGUCCGAUUUCGUCGCCAAGAUUCUGGGGCACAAGGAGGCCCCUCCGGCGGAAAGGGUGAGGCGGCACGACGGCGUGGACCUGUCCCCCGGCAUCAACUUCGCCGACGCCGGCGCCGGCGUGCUCCUGGGGUGGAACCUGGACACGCAGAUCGACGUGUUCAGGAGGCUGCUCCGGCACAAGAUCGUCGACGACAAAGACCUCAGCCAGUCCGUCGCGCUCGUCGCCAUCUCCGCCGGCGUCGACUACUCCGACGUCCCCAGCGAUCCGGCCGACCUGGACCAGUACAUCCUGAACGUGACGGACGGGAUCGUCGACGGCGUGCGGCAGCUGCAGGAUCUGGGCGUCAACGACCUGCUGGUGAACCUGCUGCCCCCCAUCGGCUGCACGCCGUGGAACACCAGGGCGUACAACUACACCGAGUGCGUAAGGGAUUCCAUUACCGGCCUCCACAACAAGCAUCUCAAGCACAAGCUAGGCGACGACGACUCGGUCCUCCUGCUCGACCUCGACACCGUCUUCAAGGGCAUCGUCACUCCCAAAACCGAGAAGCUGUUCUACCACAGGCACACGCCGUGCUGCGAGAGCGCCGACGAGGAGGGAUUCUGUGGGCAGGUUGACGGCGACGGCAACAAGCAGUACACACUGUGCGACGGGCCAGACGACUACUUCUACUGGGACAACACCAACCCGACGCAGGCCGGAUGGAAGGCCGUCAUGGAGCAGCUCGAAGGCUCCAUCAAAGAUUUUCUAGGCAGUUAG